ACCAAUUUUGUCCCCUUUUCCCUGACUCAUUUUCUUUUUCUCUUUCUCUUUCUCUUUACUUCCUUCACUCCUCUGGACUCAUUUCCCAUCCGAUUCAUUCUUUUCGUCCCCUUUUUUGUUUUCUCAUUUCUGCAUUCAUACACAGGUCAAUAGCAUGACUCGACCCUCUGAUGUCCAGGCAUACCUAGAAAAGACGCUCAAGGAGCGUAUCAUGUUCAUUGAUGGUGCCAUGGGAACUAUGAUCCAACGUCUACGUCUCACCGAGGCUGACUUUCGAGGUGAGGAAUACAAGGACCAUCCAAAGGAUCUAAAGGGUAACAACGAUAUGUUGGUCUUCACGCAACCGGAUGCAAUUGAGAAAAUUCACUGGCAGUAUCUGGACGCAGGAGCAGACAUGGUCGAGACGAAUACAUUUUCAUCCACCUCAAUUGCCCAACUGGACUAUGGACUUGAAAAAGAAGCCUAUCGCAUGAAUAAAGUCGCGGCUGAAGUUGCUAGGAGAGCAUGUGAAAAGAUGACUGCGCAAACACCAGAUCGUCCACGUUUUGUCUGUGGAGCGCUCGGACCGACAAACAGGACAUGUUCGAUUUCUCCCUCAGUCGAAAACCCAGCCUUCAGAAACGUCACCUUUGAUGAGUUGGUCGAAGCCUAUACAGAGCAGACGAAGGGUCUGUUGGAUGGUGGGGCCGAUAUCCUUCUGGUAGAAACUAUUUUUGAUACCCUUAAUGCCAAAGCCGCGUUAUAUGCAAUCGAUCUUUGCUUCUCGGAGGGCUACCGCAGGACUCCAGUGUUCAUCUCUGGAACAAUUGUCGACAUGUCCGGACGUACACUCAGUGGUCAGACUGGCGAAGCCUUUGUGAUCUCAAUGAAACAUUCGGAUCCUUUCGCAAUCGGACUCAACUGUGCUUUGGGUGCUGAUCAAAUGAGACCCUUUAUUUAUAAUAUUGGACAGGCUGCCAAGACACAUGUCAUUUGCUAUCCUAACGCAGGUUUGCCUAAUGCAUUCGGAGAAUAUGAUGAAUCACCAUCAGAUAUGGCCAAACAGGUGGAAGUAUUUGCAAAAGAAGGAUUGGUAUCGAUUAUUGGAGGAUGCUGUGGUACCACACCAGACCACAUCCGAGCCAUCGCUGAGGCCUGCAAGUCCUAUCCACCACGCAAGUUUGAAAAUGAACCCACGAUCAGCAGCAUGUUGUUGUCUGGCUUAGAGCCCUUGAAAGUCGAUCAAUCCUCUAACUUUAUCAACAUCGGAGAGCGUUGCAACGUAGCAGGAUCGCGCAAGUUUGCGCGCCAUGUACUCAAGGGAGAAUAUGAUGAAUGUUUAGCCAUUGCCCGUGCUCAGGUUGAAAAUGGAGCUCAAAUCGUGGACGUCAAUUUUGAUGAGGGCAUGUUGGAUGGUGUGGCAGCCAUGACUCGAUUUUUGAACUUGUUGAGCAGUGACCCAGAUGUGAGCAAAGUCCCAUUGAUGAUUGACUCUUCCAACUUUGCAGUGAUUGAAGCUGGCUUGAAAUGCGCUCAAGGCAAAUGUAUCGUCAACAGUAUUUCACUCAAGGCUGGUGAAGAAGAAUUUAUUCGCCAAGCGAGGGUGGUCCGUCGAUUUGGUGCUGCAGUUGUUGUAAUGGCUUUUGAUGAAACUGGCCAGGCAGAUACCUGUUCUCGUAAAUUUGAGAUCUGUGCUCGUUCCUAUCACAUUUUGGUGGAUCAAGUUGGAUUUAAUCCAAAUGACAUUAUUUUUGAUCCCAAUAUCCUGACGAUCUGUACAGGAAUGGAGGAACACAACAAUUAUGGAGUCGAGUUCAUUGAAUCCAUCAAAUUGAUCAAGGCCAAUUUGCCCGGAGCCAAGAUCAGUGGAGGUGUCUCUAACUUGUCAUUCUCGUUCCGUGGUAUGGAUGUGAUUCGCGAGGCAAUGCACAGUGUGUUCUUGUAUCAUGCCAUUAAAGUUGGCAUGGAUAUGGGUAUUGUCAAUGCCGGAUUCUUGACAGUUUAUGACGAGAUUCCUAAGGAUUUGCUCAAGCUAUGCGAGGAUGCGGUCUGGAACAAGGAUCCGGAGGUGACAGACAAGUUGCUCGCCUAUGCGCAAGCCAAUGCCAAAGGCGCCAAAAAGGAGGCCGAGACUGAGGAGUGGAGAAGCCGGCCUGUUGCGGACCGUUUGGCGCAUGCUUUGAUCAAGGGCAUUGUCAAAUAUAUUGUCGAGGAUACAGAGGAGGCUCGCAAGGACACAGUGAAGUAUCCCCGUCCACUGAAUGUUAUUGAAGGACCUUUGAUGAACGGUAUGAGCAUUGUGGGUGAUCUAUUUGGUGCUGGCAAGAUGUUCUUGCCUCAAGUCAUCAAAUCAGCACGUGUGAUGAAGACUGCUGUGGCUCAUUUGAUUCCAUUUAUGGAGGAGGAACGCCUCAGGAACAUUAAGGAGAAGGGGCUAGCAGAUGAUGAUAAUUGGUAUUCAGGCACGGUUCUGAUGGCGACGGUCAAAGGGGAUGUACACGACAUUGGCAAAAAUAUUGUGGCGGUCGUGUUGGGUUGCAACAAUUACAGGGUCAUUGACCUUGGAGUGAUGACACCGUGCGAGAAGAUUAUCCAGACAGCCAUUGAUGAAAAAGUUGAUGUUAUUGGACUCUCGGGACUGAUCACUCCUUCAUUAGAUGAGAUGAUCCACGUAGCCAAGGAGGCUGAGCGCGCAGGGCUGAAGGUUCCUAUCUUGAUCGGUGGUGCUACCACCUCCAAGACCCACACAGCUGUCAAGGUCGCGCCUCGCUAUACCCAGCCUGCUAUUCAUGUCUUGGAUGCUUCCAAGAGUGUGGUUGUUGUCUCGAGUUUGUUGGAUGAGAAGGUCAGAGAGGACUUUAUUGAAGACAUCAACGAGGAAUAUGAAGAGAUUCGUGAGGACCACUAUGAAGGUCUCAAGGAUCGUCGGUACCUCAGUUUGGCAGCUGCAAGAGAGCAGAAAAUGGUUCUGGACUGGGCGCGGGAAAAGAUUGUGAAGCCCUCGUUCCUGGGCACAAAGGUAUUCAAGGACAUUGAUCUCAACACGGUGACCAGCCACAUUGACUGGAACCCAUUCUUCCAGGUCUGGCAGCUACGUGGCAAAUAUCCUAACCGUGGAUAUCCCAAGAUCUUUAAUGACGAAACUGUCGGUGCAGAGGCCAAGAAGUUGCAUGAGGAAGCCUUGGCGAUGAUGAAGAUUAUGAUUGAAAAGAAGCAACUCCAAGCAACAGGCAUCGUAGGCUUUUAUCCUGCUAAUAGUGUUGGGGAUGAUAUUGAGAUUUAUGAGGAUGAGACACGUUCCAAGGUGGUGGCGAAGUUCUAUGGCCUCCGUCAACAAGCCGAAAAGGAGAAGGAAUCUACUGAGAAGUACAUGUGUCUGUCCGACUUUGUGGCUCCCAAAGAGAGUGGUAUUGCGGACUAUUUAGGCAUGUUUGCAGUCUCGGCCGGGUUUGGAUGUGAUGAGCUGUGUGAGGAGUUCAAAGCCAGCCAUGAUGACUAUGGAUCGAUUAUGGCCAAGUCUCUGGCUGAUCGUCUUGCAGAGGCAUUUGCAGAGAAGCUCCACGAGGAUAUUCGUCGGGAACAUUGGGGCUAUGCACCAAAUGAAGCCAUGGAUGUAACUGAUAUGCUGUCGAUCAAGUACCAGGGUAUUCGUCCCGCACCCGGUUAUCCAUCUCAACCAGAUCAUACUGAGAAAUUGACUAUGUGGGAGUUGGGUAAUAUUGGAACACAGACAGGCAUUAAUCUGACCGAGUCCUUGGCUAUGGAUCCAGGUGCGUCUGUUUCAGCCAUUGUCUUUGGACGUGGACAGUACUUUGCAGUGGGCAAGAUCCAAGAGGACCAAGUGACUGAUUACGCAGCACGCAAGAAUAUGCAAAAACGUGAGAUCGAGACAUGGUUGGGCUCCAUUCUAGCAUACGAUAACGAAUAGACAUUUGAAUAGCAAGCAAUAGAGAAUUAGGGGGGAAAAGAGUAGUGAUUGACAGUAGUACAUACACAUAACAUACAACUUACGAACAUCUACAUAAAAAAAAGAAAAAAAAAAUUAUAUAUACAAACAGACUAGAGAAGUCCUUUACUGUUGC